AUGAAGCCACUGCAAGUGUUUGCAUCGCGCAUGCCUCGUUCUAUCUUCUAUGACAUCCUCGGAGACUUCGACGUGGCCAUGAGCCAAUUCGAUCCACUGCAAGUUCAAGAAAACGAGGAGUGUGAAGGCUCGUUUGAAAGCAACAUCACGAGGAAGGGUUGCAUCAAACACCACUUCACAAUUUUUGACACCGUGAGUGUCAUCUCCGUCGAGGUGAAAAAGGCCUUGGGCGGCCACGAUCUGGACAUGAAAGGCCAGAUCCUGGCAGACUGUGCGGCCUGCGAGUUCGCGAACAGGAAGGCCGGGCAAUAG